GUGAGCCUCAGAAACAGAAGGAGGCAGAACUUCGACACGAAGAACUUUCCUCUCAAGUGGGCGGUUGCAAUGACUUUGCAACCCUUUUAAAUAUUUUUGAACAGUGCAAAUCAAGCAAGUCUCCUUCAGCUUGGUGCCAGAAACACUGGAUCCAUUGGAGAGCUUUAAAGACUGCUUUUAGUGUGGAAACACAACUUCGGGAAAUAAUCAGUAAACUGAAACAGCUGCCAGACUUCCCUAGAGAAAAAUUUGAAGGCUCCAGAACUGAAAUACUAAGAAGAUGUCUGUGUGCAGGGUACUUUAUCAAUGUAGCUAGGAGGUCUGUAGGCAGGACCUUUUGCACAAUGGAUGGACAUGGCAGCGUGGUCUGUAUCCAUCCUUCAUCUACAUUAUACAACCAGGAAACUCAGCUCGAGUGGAUCAUCUUCCAUGAUGUCACAGUGACAUCCAAAAUCUACGUCCGGACAGUGUGUCCAAUUCGCUACGAAUGGGUCAAAGACUUGUUGCCCAAAUUGCAUAAAAUUGAUGCAUAUGAACUGAGCAGUGUGGCACGGGAAGAAGUAACUGAAGAGGAAAUAACCAGGUGGCAAUUCAGAGAGGACCUUAAAAGGCAAUAUGAAAGAGUCACAGACGACUCGGCGAAGAAGAUGGAGAGAAGGAAUGAUGAAAAAUCAAUCCUGGACGCCCGAGCUCGCUACCUGGAGAGAAAGCAGCAAAGAACACAGGGUUUAAGUGGCCCACUGAAAGAAACGGGUUAAUACUGAGGGCCGCUCUGCUCCCAGUGUGAGGAAAGGCCAUUUGGUGCUGCUGUUCUGAUCUGUUUGCAUAAUGCAAAUUGAUGUACAGCAACGAAGGAAAACUCCUGGUCGGUGGUAAGUUUGG